UUUGUUGUGUGACCUUUUUUUUGUUGUGCUUUGAUUGGUGACCAGCAGAGAUACAUAGUAAACAAACACACAAAAGAGAGAAGAUACCCGUGUACACUCAAAGCAAUGGGCUGCCUUCUAUGAGGCCUGAGCAGCGCAACAAACGCUGCUAGCUGCUGCAGCACUCGUACACGUACACGUACUCGGCCUGCCACUUGUUGCAUGCAGCACUCAUGAUGCAACAGGAGGAGCAGCCACAGCAGCCACAGCAGCCACAACGAACUCGAUUCAAGUCUGCAGCUUGCCACUCAUACGCCAUGUGGGCGAGGGGCGUCAAUCGGAGGAUGUUGCAACAGCAGAUAGCCAGAACAACAGACGCAACAGCCACAUUAGCCCACGGCCAAGGCUAGGCCAAGGGCCACAACACACAAAGCAGCAACAAGAGAACAAUUCAAAAAGUUGAACAAUCUUCGUUGAACUUAACGAAAAAGCAACGCAAAAAUGUCUGAGUCACGCCGCCAGUCGGUGAACUUACGGGCCAUGCCCCCGGGCGUGCUAGUCAACGAUAGCCGUGCCAAUUCCACCGAUGACAUACAAAUCGCACUGGCACCACACAUCCAAACGUAUCUGAGCCAGACCGGUCGCCGGCACUCGUGCUGCAGCGUCAUGCUGCCGGUGGCCUUCGAGCGUGCCGCCGCCAAGUCCUGGCUGGAUCCGAAAUUCGACUCACCCGUGCUCGAGGAGCAGUACCAGGCCAGUGUCUUUCCACAUGUGCGCAUGAGAUACAGGUUCACGCUGUCGUACAUUCUGCUCUGCUCGCUGGCUUGGUGCCUGUACUUUGUGGUGGAUGGCGGCUCGGAGGACUUCUGGCGACCCAUCUCCAGCUCGUUCUCAAUGCUCUCGCUGAUCACGAUCAUGGCGCUGUGCUUCACACACUGGGACCUCUACAGGGAGCAUCGCACACUGACCUCGGCGGUGACGGCGCUGCUGCUGUGCGGCGCCUCCUUGGCCUUCCUCACGUACACGGGGCGGGCCUUCAGUCCGCUGGGCCACUUUGCCAUCUGCCUGGAGAUUGUGCUGCUGAUCUACACGGCGCUGCCCAUGCCGCUGUGGGUGGGCGCGGUGAUUGCCAUCUCGUACUCGAUCGCCUUCGAGCUGGUGUCCCACAUGGUCAUCGGGUGCAGCGCCAUCCAUGGGGGGGCGGUGGAUCCCAGCGGCGAUCCCAGCCACAAGAUACUCAUACUGCGGAUCAUGGCACACCUGAGUGUCCACCUGGUGGGUGUCCAUGUGCUGGUCAUGAAUCUCGUGCGCAUGCGCGGCACCUUCAUGAAGGUCGGACAGAAUCUGCUGGUGCGCCGCCAGCUGGAGAUGGAGAAGCAGCUGAAGGAGAAGAUGAUACACUCGGUGAUGCCGCCAAAGGUGGCGGACAUGCUGCUCAAUGAGGGCGGCAGCGCUGGCCUGGACUCUGGCCUGCCGCCGGAGUCCCACUACAUGCGGCCGCGCGCCUCCAACGAUGUGAAGUCCCUGUUCCGGCCCUUCCACAUGCACAGCAUGGAGAACGUGAGCAUCCUGUUCGCGGACAUUGUCGGCUUCACUCGCAUGUCCUCCACCAAGACGGCCGAGCAGCUGGUCGAGAUUCUCAACGAUCUGUUCGAGCGCUUCGACGACCUGUGCUCCCUCAGCGGCUGCGAGAAAAUCUCGACCCUGGGCGACUGCUACUACUGCGUCUCCGGCUGCCCCGAGCCGCGUGCCGAUCAUGCCAUCUGCUGCGUCGAAAUGGGCCUCGGCAUGAUCGAUGCCAUGCGCUGCUUCGACGCCCAGCGCCACGAGGGCGUCAAGAUGCGCGUCGGCGUCCACACGGGCACCGUUCUCUGCGGCAUUGUGGGCACGCGACGCGUCAAGUUCGAUGUGUGGAGCAAUGACGUCAGUCUGGCCAACAAAAUGGAAUCCUCGGGCAAGCCGGAGCAGGUGCACAUCUCACAGGAGACAUCGAGCUUCCUGGGCGACAACUACUACCUGGAGGAGGGCGAGGAGGUCUUCGGUGAGUCUCUCCUUCACUUGGCCGGCGCUCGCCUCCCCGCCCCCCGCCGCCCGCCCGCCACCGGCGCAGACCCCGGGCCCCCGCCCCUCCGCCCNGCGAAUGCCAUUGGCGGCAGCUCCCUGCUGCUGCCCGGCGGCCAUGGCGGCUCCCUGUCGCAGAGUGCGACCAACAUUUCGGCAGUGCAGCCGCAGGUGCCGCCCGCGUCGCCGGUGGGGCAGCUCUCCAACUCGCUGAACCCCUCGCCCGUGCUCUCCAUACGUCCGCGGCUGACCUCGCUGAGCAUGAAGCUGCGCAAGAAGUCGCAGAGCCAGAGCCAGAGCCAGAGCCGAGAGCGGGACAUUGAGCGGGGCAUUGGCAUCAUGCAUUCGGCGGCCAGCGGCAUACCGCCCGUGGUGGUGGUGCGGCAACGACCGAAGAUAAUCAUCACCACAAAGUCCCUGCCCGGCAGCCUCGACUCCGAUGAGCAGCCAGCCUCGCCGACGACUCCGCCACCGCCACCGCCACCGCCGCCUCCACCGCCUCCGCCGCCGCCGCUGGCCAGGAGCCGUCUGUUGGCGGUGUGGAAGGUGCCGCGCUUCCUCAAGCGCUUCGAGGCGCUGGCCACUCGCGCCACUCAAAGUCAGCCAGAGAAGGAGCAGGAGGAUGCCCAUGGCCAUCUGCAGCCCGAGGAGACGUUGGCCUUCAUGGAAGCCACGCCACAGAAUGGGAAUGGCGUGUACCAGCAGCUGCCGAUACUCGUGGAGUCCUGCAGCGGCAGUCGGCUGGGCAACCAGACCUUGGACAUACCGAGCGCAACGCGGCCCAUGCUGCAUCACGCGGCAACCUCCACGGCGCUGGCCAGCAGCGUGCUGCGCUCCCCCGAAGGAUACUCAGCGGCAGCGGCAGGCACCAGCGGUGGGGCAGGCGGCUGCUGCUCGCCCGGACAGUACUCCAUGUACGACGACAUCAUCGAUGUGCGCUCCUACAUCAGUCAGUCGCGCAGCGACAUCUCCCCCUUCGGCCGCUCCGGCAGCUAUCGGAGUCAGUGCGGCAGGCAGUCCGCCAGCGGCGGAGGAGCAGCUGUGCUGCCCGUGGAGCAGUCGCCGCUGCCAAGGCCCCGCGCGAACACACUGUCCACGGGCAGGCCGCCAGUCGAGCCGAGCAGCUCCAGCACCAGUGCCAAUGUCCAGCCCAGUCCCUGCUGCCUGCCUGCCCCACCAGCAGGAGGUGGAGGUGGAGGCGGUGGCCACUCGCGCAACUCAAGCAUCUGCCCAUCGGCCACAUCCCGCAAGGACUCGGGCAUCAAGAGCAACUCGCGGCGAUCCUCCAUUCAGCAGCAGAUCUACGCGCUCAACCAGUCGGCCAUCAGUCAGCACCGCGUCUCCGGCUACUUCACCAGCUCCACCUCGAGCAUCUCGAAUCUGAAUGACAUGCAGGGCCUGCCCCUGCCCAUGCCCCUGCCGCUGGGCAUUGGCCUGCCGUUGCCCAUGGUGGUGUCGCAGUCACAGCCACCGCUGCCGCUGCCACUGCCACUGCCACUCCCUCUGCCGCUGCCGCUGCCGCUGCUCAUGCAGCCGUGCUCCUCGCAGAUGAUGGGCGAUCCGCUGGCCGCCUGCCUGCAGCAACUGCGCAAGCAAUCGGAUCUGCAGCUCAUUCGCUGCGUGCGGGACAAUGCCCGAUCCCAGCGGAGCUACCUCGUGAAGCCGCCGCUGCGUGGCUUCAGCUUGUACUUCAAGUCCCGCCAGCUGGAGCGGGACUUUCGCUCCAAGGCGCACCGCUUCGGGGCGGAGAACGAGACGGAGGGGCCGCCCACCCUGGCCACGCCCAGGUACAACACAUACAUAGACAUCUUUGUGGGCAUUGCCGUGUACCUGUGCAUCUCGGUGUCGCUCUUCCUGAUGACCCAGAACACGGUGACGCCGAGCUUCCGCCUGUGGGUGACGCUCUUCUCCUGCUUCACGGCCAUCCAGGUGUUCGCCUUGUUCCUGUUCACGCGGCAAAUGUGCCGUCGCCACGGCACAGGGCGUGCCAACAGCAGCAGCAGCAGGUCCCGCCUGCGCACCAAGUCCACCGCCAGCGAGGCAGCCGAAGGACACAAGGAACAGGAUGGAGAGGGAGAUGCAGAUGGAGAUGGCGAUGCAGACAUUGAAGGUGGCCGGAGGACGGGUCCGCAGUUCCGUUCGUGUGCGGAUCGCAUAUUCGAGGCGAUCUCCAGCUGGUAUCCGUGGCACAUCUGCCUCGCGGUGCUCAUGGCCAUGCCCGUGCUCCUCAUCAUUGCCAACUUCCUGCUGCUGGACCUCGAGCAGCUGGAGGCCUUCGAGUACCAUUACGGAUUCCUCAUCUUCGUGUGCAUUGUGCACUUUUGCAACUUCACGCAACUCAACUGCUGGGUGCGCAACAUUCUGGCAUUCAUGGCCGCGCUCUGCUUCAUUGGCAUUGCCGUCUCCCAGCUGAUGGUCUACUCGAGCCGCAGCGACCAGGCAGAGUCCGAGGAGGAGCAGGAGCGGGAGCGGGAACAGAGCAGCUCCUCGUACAUCUUUGAGGAGAUCAAAUGGUUCCACGACUAUCACGUGGAAAUCUAUCUGGAUCUGCUGCUCAUUCUGGUGCUGGUCUGGUUUCUCAAUCGCGAGUUCGAGAUCGGCUAUCGGCUGACGUUCUACGGCAAUGCGGUGGCCAAUCAGGACAAGGUCCGUGUCCAGAACAUGAAGAACCAGGCGGACAUGCUGCUGCACAACAUCAUACCCAAGCAUGUGGCGGAGCAUCUGAAGAACACGGCCAAGUACUCGGAGAAUCAUCACAACAUUGCCAUCAUCUUUGCCUCCAUUGUCAACUUCAAUGAGAUGUACGACGAGAGCUAUCUCGGCGGCAAGGAGUUCCUGCGCGUUCUCAACGAGCUCAUCGGGGACUUUGACGAGCUGCUGUCCCGCCCGGAGUUCCGUUCCGUGGAGAAAAUCAAAACGAUUGGCUCCACGUUCAUGGCAGCCAGCGGGCUGGAUCCCUCCCAUCGUGGCACUGGCGACGAGCACAUUCACACCCUCAUGGAGUUCUCCAUUGCCAUGCAGGAGGUGGUGGAUGCCUUCAACAAGGAUCUGCUUGAGUUCAAUCUCAUUCUGCGCAUUGGCAUGAACAUUGGCGAUGUCACGGCGGGCGUCAUAGGCACCAGCAAGCUCUACUAUGACAUCUGGGGCGAUGCCGUCAAUGUGGCCUCGCGCAUGGACUCCACGGGUCUGCCCAAUCGCAUCCAGGUGGGCAAGGACUGUCUGCCCUUUCUCACCGCUCGCUACGACUUUGAGCCGCGCGGCAGUGUCUAUGUCAAGGGCAAGGAUCACAUGGAAGUCUUUCUCUACACAGAUCGACGCUCGGAUUGUCUGUCAGCGAAGCAGGAAGCAGUAACAGAGCCAGAGCCAGUGGAGGAGCAACAGCAACAGGUUGAAGCUGCUCCAGAUGAUGAGGAUGAGGAAGAGUUUCAUUCGAGCGAGACCACAACACUCUUCAAGUCACAGGAGUCCGUGCAGGCGAAUGGCGGCAACUACUUGACGACAACGGCCACAAUUGCGACGCAGCCAGCCAGCGACACAGUCAGUGGAGCCUUAGGACACAGCCUCGCCGCGGACAACUCUUGGCAGUGAGCGGCCCUGGGGAAAUGGUUUCAAAAUUGCAUUUAAUGGAUCUACAAGGAGGAGCAGCUUGAUCGGAGGGGGGGGGACUCUUAUGAAGUACGUGGGUUGGGGGAGCGACAGAAGGACAAACCAUGGAUUUUUUGUGAUAUGUAAGCUAAAAAGAAUAUGAAUUAUGAAUAGAUAGACGCGAUGGAAUCGGAUAAGGGUUAAAUGCUCCAUUGAUUGAUUGAUUGAUGGCUCGCUUGAUUGAUUAUUGUUAUACAGUUUAUGUUUUAGGCGCCGCCCACUGGCAGGCGGAGGCAUUUCGUCCCCCUCCCCACUUGGAAUGUUCCAUUUAAAUGUAUUAGCAAGUUGUUUAGCUGUAGCCCCCCUAUAUAUAAUGUAAAUGUGUAAAUAUGUGUCUGCUCCUUGCCCCACACCCUGCCGCCUGUAAAUUAUUUUAUUUUUUAUUUUUUUUUAUUUUUUUUUUUUGUCGCCUAGCAUAAUUACCGCUUGCUGGUGCAAGGAGCAGCUCUAAUGUAAGCAAAACUAAUCUGAAA